AUGCUGCGACAUCUUCUGCUGGUCGUCAUCCAUGCAGAUACGGUCGUGGGUGACUCCUACACCAGCUGCUGCAACGACUCCAGUGAGAACAGCUCAUCCAAGGCUGGAUUCCACAGCUUCCAUGAGCUGCUCGAUAUGGUAGCAAGAUGGCAAGCAAGCCACAUGAAUGCAACAGAAAGGUCAGAGAUAAUCCUGAAGUACGGUGAGGUGGCAGACUGGAACGUGUCUCUGGUUACGAACAUGAGCGGGCUGUUCAUGGCUUCGGCCUUCGAUGAGGAUAUUAGCACGUGGGAUACCUCAGCCGUCACCGACAUGACUGACAUGUUCAGCGGUGCAGCUACCUUUAACCAGGACAUAGGCACGUGGGACACCUCAAGAGUGACGAGGAUGGACCGCAUGUUUGACUCUGCAAGUGCCUUCAACCAGGACAUUGGCAGUUGGGACACCUCAAGUGUCACAAGCAUGUCAGGCAUGUUUUAUCGUGCCAGCCAAUUCAACCAGGACAUUGGUGGGUGGAACACCUCAAGCGUCACAAGCAUGGAUAGCAUGUUUCGGUCCGCAAGAUCCUUCAACCAGGACAUUGGCAGUUGGGACACCUCAAGAGUGACAAGCAUGGUUGACAUGUUCACCAGGGCAGCUGCCUUCAACAAGGACAUUGGCAGGUGGGACACCUCAAGUGUCACAAGCAUGUAUGGCAUGUUUGACUCUGCGUAUGCCUUCAACCAGGACAUUGGUGGCUGGGACACCUCAAGAGUCACAAGCAUGAAUGGCAUGUUUUUUAAUGCCAGCCAAUUCGACCAGGACAUCGCAGCAUGGGAUACCUCAAGCGUCACAAGCAUGGAUUACAUGUUUUACUAUGCCAGCGUCUUUAACCAGGCGCUAUACACGUGGAAUGUUUCGGGUUCCAGCACAUUCCAAAUGCUGGACGGUGCGACGCUGUUUGACAAGUCGCCAUGCAGCGCCGGCAGGACAUCCGCAGAGAACGGGCUCGGCUGCAGAGCCUGCCCGGCAGGGCGCUUCUCCGUGGCAGAUUCUGACAAUUGCGACCAGUGCGCCCCGAACGAGGUUCCGUCUCCCGACCAAAGCAAGUGCAUGGCUUGUUCGGCUUCCCAGUAUGCACCGCGGGGUUCGGACGCAUGUUUGCCCUGUCAGUGGCCUCUCCUGGUUGUGGAGGGAGGCUGUGCAUGGUGGCACCUGCCCGCGGCUGCAACGUGCCUUGCUGUGCUCAUUGUGUCUUUGGGCUACGUGGUCUCAUACCGUCGCAGGAGGAGGGCUGCGAAAGCCGAGAAGCUAAUGACGCAGUUGUUUGAGGACAUGUGGGAUGAAGGCCCAGAUACAGCCACGCACUACCGGAGGUUGCUCCAUGGGCUUGGGGUUGACAAGGCCACAGUAUCUGGGCGCAUCCAGGAAUUCCGCAAGCUGCAGAGCCAGACAGGCGGAGUGAGCAUGAGCUACCUGCUGUCGGCCGACUUCAGUGACCUAGCGCGACUGCGCACGGAUCAAAGCGACCCCACCUUCAAUGAGAUGAAGGACGCCUUCUGGCUGUCAGAUGACCCGAUAGGGCAGAAGGUGAUCUGUCCCCGCGAUGGUCGAGAGGGCUGCGCGCUUGUCGACUGGAUCCCACGUAACCACCGUCGGCAGCAAACUCACUUCAUGUCCUGGACGUGGCGCUACCACCUGUCGCAAAUCACAAGCGCUCUAGACAUGCACAGAAGGAGCAUGUCCGAGCUGGGCCCGCAGGACGUUUUCUUUUACAUGUGCUUCUUUGUCAACAAUCAAUUUAGGAUUAUCGUGGAGGCCACUGGCUCAGGAAGCGACAAUCUCGAAGAAGUUUUCGAGAGCAACUUGCGACGGAUCGGGCGCAUGGUUGCGAUCCUAGACACUUGGGACGCACCGGUGUACCUAACCCGCAUCUGGACUGUGUACGAACAAUUCGUGGCAUCGAAAACGGGGAUUGAGGUGAGCUUUGCAAUGCCCCAGCAAGCUUCCGAGUCUCUAGAGCUGGAGGUAGGUCGCGGACUCCAAGGUAUCCGUACUGUGACGAAGUCGGUGAGCCGCGUUGAUGCGAGAAAUGCGAGAGCAUGGAAAGAAGAUGACGAGAUCAAGGUGAAGAUGCUUAUUCAACAGACCGUGGGCUUCAAGCAAGUCAACACGCACGUGAUCGAAGUUAUGGUAAGAUGGUUCGGGAAGGUGGUGCGAGACAAAGUUCAGCGCGAAAUUGACUCUCACCGCAGAAACUUGACAGAGUUGUAUACCGAUGACUCCUUACACGAAGCUUGUGUAGAGAUUCCAAGUGGCACAAUUCGGUUAUAG